AUGGCGUGGAACACUCUGCUUCCAUGUUCGGAAGCUCCUCGACCCGCCACCAAGAUCAACGUUCUCUCCCUCCGCUUCGUCCAAAAUAUCCAGAAUUCUCUUUAUCCAGCAAGCGAACAUUUUACACACUUCUCCUCUACUACUCUUCUCAUUGUCGCGUAUCCAUCCAACUCCUGCGCGCUCUAUACUCCCCAACCUUCCCACCACAAUGGUACAUCCCUUCUCCUCCCCCUCUCUCUCCCACGCUUAUCUCCCCUAACGUUCUCACAGUCCCAAAUCCACAACGGCACCGACUUCGCCCACGAAUUCGAGCAUCGCUCCAAAACCGCACUGGGCAUCGGCCUCGGAGUUGGCCUCGGGGCACUUCUUCUAGUCGGCAUCAUCGGCGUCGCAUACGUGAUCUUUCACAACAAGCGGCAUGCUGCUGGUCGAACAACGGGUAUCGUGGAGCUGUGGAGGAAGGUGUUGGCGAAGUUUGGGUUUGUGUGGAAGCUGGAGACCUGA